UAAUCCCAACUCAUUCUCAACUUCACCCAUAUCACAUUCAUAAAUUCUUAAUUACUUUCACUUCAAUUUGUUAAUUCAAGCUAAGUAGACAUGAAAAGACAACGGGAUAUAGAAGGGUUAGAAAGCAUAGAUUUAGCAAAUUGUCUAAUGAUGCUCUCUUAUCCCCAAAAACAACAAAACAAUAAACCAAAUCAAAAAAGUUUUGGGCCAAUGGAAUAUGAGUGCAAAACAUGCAACAAAAAAUUCUCAUCAUUUCAAGCACUUGGUGGCCAUAGGGCUAGUCAUAAAAGAUCAAAAUUUGAAGGGGAUGAACUCAUCAAAGCAAAUGCAUUGACUUUGGGAAAUAAACCCAAAAUGCAUGAAUGUUCCAUUUGUGGUCAAGAAUUUUCUUUGGGACAAGCAUUAGGUGGACACAUGAGAAGACAUAAAGCUAUCAUCAAUGAAGAGGUUGUUUCUUCAACGGAAAAAGUUGUGAAGUUACCAAUUUUAAAGAGAUUGAAUAGUACAAGGAUUAUGUGCUUGGACUUGAACUUGACACCAUUAGAGAAUGAUUUGAAGUUAUUGUUUGGAAAGAUGGCUCCCAAUCUUGAUGUUUUAGUCUGAUCAAUGACCAAUUCUUUGUUGCUGCAUAGAUUCUUUGUUAAUUGAUCACCAUUAAUUUUUUGUAUUUUAUUCUUUCAAUUAAUUCUUAACAUAUAUGAACAUUUAUUUUUAUCUCA